AUGCCUCUCCCAGGAAUCCCCAGAGCCAUGACUGCAACUGUGCAGACGCUGCGGUUCAAGCUGCUGCCGCACGAGCCAGGCCAGGAAUGGGGGCACAGCUGCCAGCAGGAAAUUGAGCGUCGCUACCAGGUGGUGCCCUCAGUGGUGUGCGCUAUGUGCUGCCUUUUUGGCAUCAUCUACUGCUUCUUUGGCUACCGCUGCUUCAAGGCUGUCAUGUUCCUGACGGGGCUGAUGUUCGGCUCUAUCAUCAUCUUCAUGCUGUGCUACAAGGAGAGGGUGCUGGACACACAGCUGAGCGUGGAGGCCUCAGUGGGCAUUGGGUUGGGCAUUGGAGUCUUGUGUGGGCUGGUCACCAUGCUGGUGCGCAGCGUUGGCCUCUUCAUGGUGGGGCUGCUCCUGGGGCUGCUGCUGGCGGUGGCCACGCUGGUGGUGAUGGAGCAAUUCUACCACCCACCGACGGUGUGGAUCCCCAUCGCGCUGCUCUUGGGCGUGGGGAUGCUCUUUGCUGUCCUCACCCUACAGUGGCAGCGCUUCUUUACCACCCUCUCCACUGCCGUCUUUGGCAGCGCCAUCAUGACCGUCACUGUUGACUACUUCAUCGAGCUCUUCCUCCUGGUGCAGUACAUCUAUGAGCGCAUCAAGGUGGCUCCUGCUCGCCCCGUGUGCUGGUACAGUUGGGUCAUUCUGGGCAUCUGGCCGCUUCUCACCACACUGGGUGUCCUGGUCCAGUGGAAGGUCACAGCCGAGGGCUACUCCCAUACAGAAGUGAUCAUCAGCCGGCAGCAGCGCCGUGUGCAACUGAUGCGCAUCAAGCAGCGGGAAGACCGAAAGGAGAAGAAGAAGAAGCGGAGACCCCACCACCCACCACCCCACCAGCACAAAGCCCACCCCCCCGAGCCUGCUUACCGCCGCAAGCCCAACCCUGUGCGCCGCUUUGAUGGGGACGUGCUUUCCCCCAGCUACAUCCAGAGUUUCCGAGAGCGGCAGACAGGACCAUCACUGAACAGCCUCAUCGCCAGCUCCCAUGCCGUGGUGGACCUGGACUAUGACUGCAGCUCUACCGUGCCCCUCACCACAGGCUCUGCCCCUGCUGUGAGGGUAUAA